AGUUGAGGCACAGUCACACAGUUGCAGUUAGCAGACUUUAGCUGCCUGCUUUCGCGUUUCGACGGCCAGAAUGAAGUUUCACUACAGUUUUGACAGUGAAUCGUCGUGGAGAAAGGUGAAAACCGGCAAAUGGCUCAUGCAGAGAUUGCCGAAGACGCGUAGGAAAGCACACCCCUACAAACGCCACUCUCCAGCUGACAAGUCGCAGGUCCUGGACCUUCCAGUGACAACACCGUGGCAAGGGAACAACCCCGCCCCGUCCAGCCCCAGUACCUCUGCUAACCAGGACCACAUCGGUGUAGUAGCUGAGAUGAAUGCAAUCCUUUCCGCUUUCACCAACAGAUUGUUGUCCAAUCAGAUGGAUGUGGACAUGGAUGCUGAGGAGUACAACAGUGACAGUGUGUCUGGCAGAGAGAGUGGCGGAUCAUCGAUGACCGGAUACUCCCUGAACAGCUCACGCAGCGAAGACCUGGACCUCAUGGACGCGGAUGACUUCGAGAACAACCCCAGUACCUCUGCUAACCAGGACCACAUCGGUGUAGCUUUCACCAACGGCUUCUCGUCCAAUCAGGCUCCUACAAGAAAGAGGAAGCGAUCCAGUGAUGACGAGUCCUCUGAGUUGCCGGAGAAGAGGAGAUGCCCAUGUACAGAUGCCAGCAACUCUGCCAAUGGCCCUGCUAUCAGCUCUGCCAGCAGCUCUGCCAGCAACCCCUCCAGCAGCUCCGCUAUCAGCUCUGCCAGCAGCUCCGCCAGCAACCCCUCCAGCAGCUCUGCUGUCAGCUCUGCCAGCAGCUCCGCCAGCAACCCCUCCAGCAGCUCCGCUAUCAGCUCUGCCAGCAGCUCCGCCAGCAGCUCUGCCAGCAACCCCUCCAGCAGCUCCGCUAUCAGCUCUGCCAGCAGCUCCGCCAGCAGCUCUGCCAGCAACCCCUCCAGCAGCUCCGCUAUCAGCUCUGCCAGCAGCUCCGCCAGCAGCUCUGCCAGCAACCCCACCAGCAGCUCCGCUAUCGGCUCCACCAGCAGCUCCGCCAGCAACCACAAACCAAAAGGCACAACAGGAAGGCUAUUAAGGUGUCUUGGGUGAAAUGGCGUCACGACUCAUGAAAUAUGAACAACAUCACCACAGUGGAAUUCCAGGUCUACCCCUGAUGCUCAGGCGUCUAAGGUCCAGUGAUGGAUGGCUUAACGCCCAGAAGCCUGUGAGCUGGGCACCGAGUGGGUACUCUUUGCGGCCGAGGAAGUAAUACAGUUGAGUACCAGAUGGAGAUGAUGCGGAUCCUGAGGCAUGUCAACAUCGACCAUCUGCACGUCAGCUGGACCAGUCCACACUACAUGGAGACUUCCUGAACAGAGCUCUGCUGGACUCUCAGUUCAACUACCAACAUGCUACAGAGGAGUCUUUGGUUCUGUCAAUAUAAGAUAGGUAUUACUUGCAUUUAUGAUUAGGUAUAUGGUACGUGGUUCCGUAUAUUCAACACAAUGUAGAUGGGAGAACCAUGAUAGUCAAAUUAUUAUAUGAUAGUUUGAUCAUUUAUGUUGAAUUAUUUACUGUAAGCAUAAAUUUUAAAAGACAGAAGACAAGUGCAAAAAUUGACACCAAACAUUUUUGAAGUAAAUCUAAAACUAAACCAAAAAAUCAGCACUAAUUUUAUGCUGACCAGAACAUUUAGCGGUAUUUUGUAUUUUUCCUUAUGGUGCUCAAACCCAGACUGCAAAAGAUAAUGCACAUGUGCCUUACCCAAUUUUACAACAUCAAAACAACAAAUAAUUUAUAUGAAUGAAUUUAUUAGUUCUGUUUAUGUAUGUAUACAGGUGUAUCUGGUCACUCAGUAUAAUGAAGACACAGAGGGGAUCAUUAUCAUAAUAUAUUCUAUUUUCAUUUUCAUUCUAUUUGCAUAUCUUUAACAUCACUACCUUGUAAAAAGAAAAAAAAUUGUCUCUGGGCUUGGGUAAGAAUCCUUUUGCUAGUGAGUAAUGAAAACAUUAACUUAAAAUACAGAGUAGAAAUUUCUUGAAACUGCAACUGGAAUCCCAUCUAAACAAGAUUUUAGAUUUAUCAUCUGAAAAGAUCUAUCAAGUGAUUGAAUUAAACAAUACUUUCUGUGUGAGCAGACCCAUACAGCUCACUUAUCAUAAGCUAUGGGGGAAAAUGCAACAGUUGAGAAUUCUUUGGUAAGAGGCAACAUGGGUGUCCUUAAAGGAAUGUAGGUUAGAAAAAAAUUCUUGUUGCUAAUGAUUUCUCCAGGAUUUAAGAUUCGUAAUUUCUGUACAUUCUUUCUGGUAUAGUUUAUAUUUGCUAGAAACUAGAAAAUAUUUUGUGCCACUCUACCCAAACUCCAUCCACCUGGCCCUUGCCCUGAUGCGUUGAUCUGCUGUCUUUUCUUUC